UCUCUCUCUCUCUCUCUCUCUCUCUGUUUGAGCUAAAAAAGAGAGUCCCCGCAUGGACAUUCAUCUUCCAAAAGCAUCCCGAAAGAACAAAAGCAUGUCAUUCUCCUUCUGCUGCUUCUAAAACCAUCUCAGAGUCCCGAAUAAAGGGAACAAGAAAAGGGAAAAAAGACUCUUCGGAGGUUUCUUACAAGUGAGAAAGACCCUGCAUUUCUUGUCUUCUAGAGUGUGUGUGUGUGUGUGAGAGAGAGAGAGAGAGAGAAAGAGAGAGAGGGAAGAUAAUACAGCAAUGGGUGGAGUCACUUCAUCCAUGGCCGCGAAAUUCGCCUUCUUCCCACCUAACCCACCUUCCUACCGGGUAAUUACGGACCAUGCCACCGGGCUCUUGCUCCUGGACCCCUUCCCCCACCGCGAGAACGUCGACGUCCUCCGUCUGCGGACGCGGCGGGGCGCUGAGAUCGCCGCCGUGUACGUGAGGUACCCCAUGGCCACCUCCACGCUCCUCUACUCGCACGGCAAUGCCACAGACAUCGGCCAGAUGUACGAGCUCUUCAUUGAUUUGAGCAUCAACCUCAAAGUUAAUCUCAUGGGGUACGACUAUUCUGGUUACGGGCAAUCGUCAGGAAAGCCAAGUGAGAACAAUACGUAUGCAGAUAUUGAAGCUGCAUACAAGUGUCUUGAAGAGAAUUACGGUGCUAAGCAGGAAGACAUCAUUCUUUAUGGCCAGUCAGUUGGAAGUGGGCCCACUGUGGAUCUCGCGGCUCGCUUACCUCGCCUAAGAGCUGUUGUUCUGCAUAGUCCAAUUCUAUCUGGGUUGAGGGUCAUGUACCCUGUAAAACGCACAUAUUGGUUCGACAUCUACAAGAACAUUGACAAAAUCCCGAUGGUGAAGUGUCCAGUGCUGGUUAUCCACGGAACAGCAGAUGAAGUAGUUGAUUUCUCUCACGGUAAGCAACUAUGGGAGCUGUGUCAGGAGAAAUACGAGCCCUUGUGGCUCAAAGGAGGAAAUCAUUGUAACUUAGAACUGCAUCCAGAAUACAUCAGACAUCUUAAGAAGUUCAUAUUAACAGUCGAGAAAUCACCUUGUCGAAGGAGUAGUUUAAGGAAAAGCAUAGACGGGGUGGAGCAUUCGAGGAGGAGCACAGAAUAUUUUGAUGCUCCGAGGAAGAGUACCGACCGGAGGGAGAAACCGAGGAAGAGUACAGACAAGCCCGAAAAGCUUAGAGUCCCAAACCACAAGUAUAGUAAUGUGGAGAGGCCAGAUAAGUUAAGAAUACCCAUUGACCAUGUGGAGAGAUCUCGGAGGAGCGUGGAGUUUUAUGAGAAACCCCGGAGGAGUAUCGACCAGCAGGUCGAAAAAGGGCGCAAGAGCGUUGACUGGUUGGACAGAAUACGUUCUGGGUACAAUAGAGGUCGAAACUGAUAACAUAGUUCUCGAUCCUUCUUGGCCAGAGAGAACAAUUUCAUAGCAGGGAGAUUGUUGAAACGUUCACAGUUUCAGACAAAGAAGUGUCAUCUCGCGCAAAAUCGACACGCCAUCUUUCGCACUUGUAAAUUGUGAUGGAUGCAGCUUCUCCCCCUGCUGAGCUGAUACAUGAUAUUUGCAUAAGAUGUUAAUCCUGAUCUUUCCAUGGAUGAGACAUCCCAACUAGUUAAAUCUAAUUGGCCACCAAAGGAAAAAGAAUCAGAAAACAACAAAAAAUUGUUUAACCCAAUAUUAUCUGGAAUCUCUUUGAACUGAAAUACCAUAGCUUUGAUUGAGGAAAGCAUUGAAGAGGGAACUUCAUCCUUUUCCCUUUCAGUUCUUGGAAAAGCUUAGCUGGUUAAAACCUGUACAGAGAAAGUAUUAUUAAAGUUCAGUUUCAUGUAGCUUUCAUACAAAA